GUUUGUUAUUUUCAUUAUGUAUUUUUAUGUAAUUGAAGAUUAAUAUAUUCAUAGAACGUAACCUAACAUUUUUAAAUGGACAAGGAGAAGUUAGAGACCAAAAAUUCGAAGCAACCUCCUUGGAAGGAUGUUAGCAUAUCAGAUCCACGAGUACGGUUAAAGUAUCUAUCUGAUUAUGCUUCCACAGUAGAAAUGGACCGUAACAAUCCACCACACAGGUAUUAUCGUUCUGGUGUGGAAAUGCUUAGAAUGGCAGAUAUGUGUAUGAAAGAUAAUGAUCUUGAAUAUGCAUACCUUUUAUAUGUCAAAUUCAUAACGAUUUUUCUUGAAAAAAUAAGAAAUCAUCCACAGUUUCAUACAGUACCAUUGAAAGACAAGAAACAAAAUGAACAAACAUUACGCAAAGUAAUCCCUAAGGCUGAAGAGUUGAAGAAACAAUUAUUAGAACAAUACCAAACAGAGUUCAAUGAAUAUUUAGGAGAUAUGAAAGAAAAAGAAAGAAUUGAAAAAGAAAGACUGAAACAAGAAGAACUAGAAAGAUUGAGGGAAGAAGAGAAGAAGAAUAAGUUAGCUGCAUUAGCAGCUGUUAAAGCAGCAAAAAUUGCUGCAAGUGAAAAUGUAGUAGCUCCAGAAGAAAACAAGAUUAAGAAAAUUUCAAAUAUAUCACCAAAACCAUUAGUACAAUUAGUAAGUCCAGGUAGUGAUGUAACUGCACAAACAUCUAAGGAAAACAAACCUAAUAUAGAUCGUUCAACAAAGCCUUCUCUACUAUGUGACAAUUUUAUUUUAAGAGAUAUAGUAUUGCCAACUAAGUUAAUGCACAAUUUUCUCAUGUUGGCUUUCACUAAUACAAUGAAUAAUAAAGAGACUUGUGGUAUACUAGCAGGAAAAUUAGAAAGAAAUAAAUUACUAGUCACUCAUUUAUUAAUUCCUGAACAAACAGGAUCCCCAGAUUCCUGUGUUACACAUAAUGAAGAAGAUAUAUUUGAUUAUCAAGAUCAACACAAUUUGAUUACUCUUGGUUGGAUACAUACACAUCCUACACAGACUGCAUUUCUAUCUAGUGUUGAUCUUCAUACACAUUGUGCAUAUCAACUUAUGAUGGCUGAAGCAAUUGCCAUUGUUUGUGCUCCUAAAUAUGAUGAGACAGGUUAUUUUAUUUUAACUCCAGAAUAUGGAUUAGAAUUCAUUGCUAAUUGCAGGGAAACGGGAUUUCAUCCGCAUCCAAACGAUCCUCCAUUGUAUAUGAAAGCAAAGCACUGUAAAUUGGAUACAACAGCAAUUAUAGAAGUAGUAGACUUAAGAAGAAAAUGA